AUUGGGUCGUGUAACAAAACGGAAAUUUUCCGCGCUUUCCCCGGUGAAAGUUCACAAAUUAAAGAGUGGCGGGAGCUGUUGUCAACCGGGGUCCAUUGUCAAGAAGUAACUCUUAAGUGUGCUUUUGACUUUGUUCCAAACGGACCAGCGGUGGCUAUCAGUGCUGACAGGUUUGACAGUCUUCAGUCCUGCAUUUAGGGAUGGAUUUUAAAAGACGUAAUGGUGGCCCAUUUGUGGGUGGUGUGUCUCAGGCCAAACGGGGCAAAAUGGCCACAGAAUGGGAGGACAGUCCAUCGCACUUUGAAGAGGAGCUGUCCAUGUUUGACGAAGGAGAGAUGGACAUGGAGGAAAUGGAGGGGCAGGCGGGACAUGAUGUUAUUCCUGUCGGUGACCUCUUUUCAGCAGACCUCAAUCCUCGCUGGAAACGGCCUAAUGCCCCCACACUGGACUCGUCCUCUGAAACAUUGGUGUUUCAGCAGAUUGAUCUAGACUAUUAUUUAGGGACAGCAGUGGCUGGAAUGCCGGGACAGUUACAAGGAAAAGUCCCAAUCAUUCGGAUGUUUGGGGUAACAGACGGCGGCAACAGUGUGUGUUGCCAUGUUCAUGGUUUUGCACCUUACUUCUAUGUUCCUGCACCAAAUGGGUUUACAUCUGAAUACCUGGGUGAAUUUAAAAGGGAGCUGAACACUGCUGUCCUGAAGGACAUGCGAUCCAAUAAGGAUAACAUAUCUGUCACUGUGUUGGCUGUGGACAUUACUCGAAAAGAGAGCAUGUAUGGUUACCAUGGGAAACGUAGCCUGGAUUUCCUGAGGAUAACCAUGGCGAUGCCUCGGCUUAUUGCCCCAGCGAAGAGGCUGUUGGAGCAGGGCCUGAAGUUUGGACCCUUCCCCAUCCAGAGCUACCAAUCCUACGAGGCCAACAUAGAUUUUGAAAUCAGGUUCAUGGUGGAUAGUGAUGUUGUGGGAUGUUGUUGGAUUGAACUCCCCAAAGGCAAGUACAGAGUACGAGAAGAGAAGAGCCAAGGAGAAACAGAUUCUCGGUAUCCAGGGAAGGCGUCAUUGUGUCAAUAUGAAGUGGAUGUGGGUUGGACAGAUAUGAUAAGUCAUCCUGCAGAAGGAGACUGGCAGCGGAUUGCACCACUCAGGGUCCUUAGCUUUGACAUUGAGUGUGCAGGAAGAAAAGGAAUUUUUCCAGAAGCAGACAAAGACCCUGUGAUUCAGAUAGCAUCUAUGGUCCAGCGUCAGGGUGAGACUGAGCCCUUCAUUCGCACUGUGUUCACACUCCAGUCCUGUGCCAGCAUUGUGGGCUCUCAGAUAUUGUGCUUUACACAGGAGAAACAGUUACUUCAGAGUUGGGCAGAGUUUUUGCGCACAGUGGACCCAGACAUCAUCACUGGAUACAACAUCCAAAACUUUGACUUUCCCUAUUUGCUCAACAGAGCAGCAGCUUUAAAGGUGAAUCUGUUUCCGUACCUGGGCCGAGUGCGAGGCAUUAAGUCAGUCUUGCGAGAUCUGAACUUCCAGAGCAAACAGAUGGGACGACGAGAGAAUAAAACCAUUAACAUGGAAGGCCGAGUUCAGUUUGAUCUGCUACAGGUCCUCCUCAGGGACUAUAAAUUGCGUUCAUACACAUUGAACGCUGUUAGUUUCCACUUUCUGCAAGAACAGAAGGAGGAUGUGCAGCACUCUAUCAUCACUGAUCUACAGAAUGGCAACGAACAGACUCGCCGUCGUCUGGCUGUGUACUGCCUGAAAGAUGCCUACCUCCCUCUGCGACUGCUGCAGAAGCUGAUGUGUGUGAUCAACUACAUGGAGAUGGCUCGAGUGACUGGAGUGCCUCUCACCUACCUGCUCUCAAGGGGCCAGCAGAUCAAAGUCGUCUCUCAGCUGCUUCGACAGGCCAUGAAACAGGACCUGGUCAUGCCAGUUGUAAAGACAGAGGGAGGAGAAGACUACACUGGAGCCACUGUUAUUGAGCCAGAGAAAGGGUAUUACAGUCUUCCUAUUGCCACGCUGGAUUUCUCCUCCUUGUAUCCAUCCAUUAUGAUGGCCCACAAUCUGUGCUACACCACCCUGCUGCAGAAAAGCUCAGUGGAGAAAUUGGGACUUUCACCCGACGACUUUAUCAAGACUCCAACUGGUGAUCUGUUUGUGAAGAACUCUGUGCGGAAGGGUCUCCUGCCUGAGAUCUUGGAGAAUCUUCUGUCUGCCAGGAAGAGGGCCAAAGCAGAACUGAAGAAGGAAACUGACCCUUUCAAGAAGCAGGUGCUGGAUGGUCGACAACUGGCCUUAAAAAUCAGUGCCAACUCUGUCUACGGGUUCACAGGGGCCCAGGUGGGCAAGCUGCCGUGUCUUGAAAUCUCCCAGAGUGUGACUGGGUUUGGAAGACAGAUGAUUGAGCGAACCAAACAGCUGGUUGAGUCCAAGUACACCAUUUCCAACGGUUACACAGCUGAUGCUAAGGUCAUUUACGGGGACACAGACUCUGUCAUGGUGAAGCUUGGAGUUGCCACCGUAAAGGAGGCCAUGACUAUUGGGAAAGAGGCAGCAGAAUGGGUAUCGUCGCAUUUCACCCCACCCAUCAAGCUGGAGUUUGAGAAGGUAUACUACCCAUACCUGUUGAUCAACAAGAAGCGCUAUGCAGGUCUGUACUUCUCCACCAGUGCAGACACACAUGACAAGAUGGACUGUAAAGGAAUUGAGACGGUCCGCAGAGACAACUGCCCUCUGGUGGCUAACCUCAUCAACACAUGUCUGCAGAAAAUCUUAAUCGAUAGAGACCCUCAGGGUGCUGUGGCUCAUGCUAAAGAGGUGAUCUCAGACCUGCUGUGCAACCGAAUCGACAUCAGCCAGCUGGUUAUCACCAAGGAGUUGACACGCACAGCUCAGGAGUACGCCGGCAAACAGGCACACGUGGAGCUGGCUGAGAGGAUGAGGAAACGUGACGCAGGCAGCGCCCCCAACCUGGGAGACAGAGUUCCAUACGUUAUCAUCAAGGCUGCAAAGGGAGCAGCUGCUUAUAUGAAGUCGGAGGACCCCAUCUAUGUACUGGAGAACAACAUUCCCAUUGACACUCAGUACUACCUGGACCAACAGCUUUCCAAGCCCCUCAUGAGAAUAUUUGAGCCCAUCCUGGGAGAGAGCAAAGCAGAGAGCGUCCUGCUCAAGGGCGACCACACACGCUGUAAAACUGUGUUGACGUCAAAGGUUGGAGGCCUCAUGGCGUUUGCCCAGAAGAGGAGCACCUGUAUCGGCUGCAAAGCAGUGCUCAAAACAGACGGGGCUGUGUGUGAUUUCUGUAAGAAGAAAGAGUCUGAACUUUACCAAAAAGAGAUUUUUCAUCUGAACACACUGGAGGAGCGUUUUUCUCGCCUCUGGACUCAGUGUCAGCGAUGUCAAGGCUCCCUGCAUGAGGAUGUGCUCUGCACCAGUCGGGACUGUCCCAUCUUCUACAUGAGGAAGAAGGUUCAGAAAGAUCUGGAUGACCAGAGCAAAUUGGUGGCUCGUUUUGGAUGGUGAGAGGUUCACACACUACGUCCCCGUGCCUCACUCUACUGUGAUUACAUAUCCACUCUGUAUUUUUGUAUCUUUUGGUUGUUGUAAAAAUGAUACUAUUACAGUCUUUUCUUAUACGCACAAAAGGUCAUUAAGUAGAAACAUUUUGUAAAAUAAAAUUAAAAGUCAACA